UUUCCACAGAACACAAACACAAACGGCAAGAACUGAACUAGCUAGGAGUCCAUGGCACCAAUAGAUUGCAUGGUUGCUAGCUUACCUCUCUGAUCAAUUGAUCUACUAACUAGUAUAUAUAUAGUAGCACCAUGCCAAUGGCACGAGGCCUGAAAAGCCCGUCGUCCAGUGGCAACAAUGCGUCAUCCAUUCAUCAAUCUUCCACUUCCACCAAACAUCGGCAGCAGUCAUCGACCGUGUUGCUGUCUACCUCCAACAUUCUGAUUCUCCUGAUUUCACACUCCAUCACGUUUCUAUCGGGAUCCAUUUUUGCAUCCAACCAUAAUAUGCAGACACUUCCAACAACACCAAUGAUCAUACAGCCACAACAGUGUCCAGAAUGUCCAUCGUGGACGACCAACUUUGUCAAUGCUUCCAUGGCACGGAAAAUGAAGGCAGACAAUAACCAGCCUAACCAUAAUAAUUGUCCCAAGCCCUUCUGUCCUCCAUGUCAGGCCAAAGAGGCAAAAGUUGUACAGCAAAUUGUACAGCAAGAAUUCAAAGACAAUGGACUGCCCAAAUCAGUGGAUGCUAUUGCCGCCGGUAUGGCCACCGCCACGAAAGCCGACUUUGCCCAAAAAUUCGACCUGGGAGUCCCCGUGGAUCCGUCCGAUACCAAAUUUGAUCGAGAUGUCCUCAUGGUCUACAGUCGCAAAUCCGCCAUGCCCACGAAAAUGCAACAAUCGUCCAGCAGUAUAGACUUGGUCACGGCCGAGGAAUUGACCGAAAACUGCGAUAUCAUGCACGUGGCGUUUCGCUAUCGGGGGGGUGCCAAGAAUAUCUGUUUGGCAUUGGUGCCCAACUACGAAUCCUAUCAUUUGCAGACAUGGAUGCGAAUGCCCGAGAAGAAAGGAAAAGGAGACCGUGCGUAUCCGCUCCGGUUGGUGCCCCGGACAUUGCAAUGGGACGGACAAGAUGAAUUUGGAGUCCCCAAGUGGAACCGGGAAACCAGGCAAUCGUGGAAACAGCUCAAAGUGUAUUUAGAGACAUACGAGGGGAUUGUGGCGGAACUCAACAAAAUCGUCAGUCGCAUCAAGUACAAGAAUACGGUUGUGGUUAUGGUUUGCAACCAUGGUCAAUCGGAACUUCUCAUGAACUUUGUGUGCUCAUCACGAAAAAGGGGUCUGGAUAUUCAACAUGUGCUGGUAUUCGCCACAGAUAAAGAGACCAAGGAUCUGGCAGAGAGCAUGGGCUUGACAGCAUACUACAACGAAGAGAACUUUGGGCAUAUGCCGGCGGAAGCUGCCAAAGAGUAUGGCGACUUUAAGUUUGUCAAGCUCAUGGUAGCAAAGGUCUUGUGUGUUCACUUGACAAUAUUGACUGGUGUUGAUGUUCUCUUCCAAGAUGUAGAUGUGAUUUGGUUCAAAGAUCCACUGCCGUUCUUCCACAAUAAGAACUCUACAAUCUACAACAACGAUGCCUACUUUCAAGAUGACGGAGCCCGGUCUCUGCGGUAUGCACCUUACAGUGCCAACUCAGGGUUCUACUAUCUCCGUUACAACUACAGAACAACAAACUUCAUGACACAGCUAGUACUUGCUGGAGACCUGAUUGCUAGAAGUUUCUCUCAUCAACAAGCCAUGAUUGCAGUAAUAUCAGAACAAAUGUCUCUACAUGGCUUCAGAGCAAAGGUAUUGAUCAAAGACGAUGAUGAGUUCCCGGGUGGGAUCCAUUUUCACCAAGGUCGAAAGAACAACUACAUGCGACAGUUUUUUGCAGGGGAGAAGGAUCCCAUUAUCUUUCAUAUGAGCUGGACCCUGAACAAAGACAACAAACUACUGUUUUUUAAGCAAAUAGGAGAGUGGUAUGUGAAGGAGGAAUGCGUGAGCAAGAGACUGGAUGAAAUAGCACUUUCAGGAGGCACAGCUGUUGAUACUUGUUGCUCUGCUGAAGCACUGUUCUCUUGCCAUUACCGGGACAAGCCGAGCAAAGUGCCCUGCAGUGACAGCCCUCCUAUUGAUAAGGAAGGCAGGGACUGGUGGGCUGAUUAGUUGCAUGUUGGCUGCUAUGUGGCUAUUAUUCCACGCGCUGGAAGUUCAACGUUAAACCUGUAGAUAUCUGCUUGAUCGUCAGAAUUCCUAGCUGAAUCGAAUCUAGUUCUAAUGCUAGCUGGUAAAAAAGUGGAACAGUGGGCAAAUGCGCAACGAAACUGGCUAACAAGAGCCUCCUACCGUAACUCUAGACAAAGCGAUGCCCAACACGGGUUUGUCAAAAGACAGAAUGAUUCAAUCAGGUUUAGAAGGACAUUUGGAGCAGUCUCUAUCUCCCGAAUUCCGCGUCUUCUUUGCCUAAGCCUGGCCCCUCACCGGCUUCCAUAGAUAACUUCCCUACACUAAACCUCCA